UCUUGAGUAGGCAAUAUUCCCAAGUCACGUGACUUAGCUUCUUGCUCUGCUAGAUUCCUACGCGUUGAUUGAGACGCGUCUCCAAAUGCCUUGCCAAAUGGUCCCCGAUGUUCACGAACCCCGCUACAUAUGGCUUGGAGGUGCUGCAAAUCAUGCGCAGACUGGCCAGACGUUGAGACUGCGCGACCACAUUAAAUGCUAGUCAUGGACCAUGCCAUCAGUCUCUUGGACACGCCGAAGAGUGCGACCUUGCAAAAACAAGCGGAUACCCUGCGCGCGGCACUCAAGGACUUUGAGAGAACCUUUGCGGCAACUCAUGACGGUCGCAAACCUGGCAAGAGUGAGAUCAAAGCAGACGUGGCGAUUGCAAAGAAAUAUACAGAAUACAACAAGAUCCGAGAUGUGCUGGCAGGGAAACUGGGUCUCGGUGCACUCAACACACCUCAACCUAGAGCAAGACACACUCGAACCGACAGCGCAAUCAGCCUAACUCCUCGCCAUUCCCGACAUAAGUCUACACCGUCGAAGUCUCGCGCACAUCCGGGCGAGUUCGACCCGUACGAUGCGCCGUCGUCGACCUCCCCAAAAACCCUCCCAAUAGCGAUUGGACCGACUCCACGAAGGGAUGGCACUGUCUUAGGCAUCUUCGACAUGCUGCCGCCUACUGGGUCAGGUCAGUCGUCACAAGCGACUCCAUCAGGCAGAAAAAGAAAGAGAGAUGCUGUCCUAGACGGUGAAGAACGAGUGGUCCUCGCACAGACACCCAGUCAACGGCGAAGCCAACGGACAGACACCCACCUCGUAGCAACACCAGGCUCGCGGACCACGCCCGGCAACCGCAAGCACUCCAAGACACCUGUCAGCGAGGGCAAACGGUUCAUGCUGGACCAUUUCUUCGCCACCCCCAGCGCAGUCCGAUUCUCGAGCCUCGUCCAGGACGACGCGAACCCGACACCACCCGCCCAAAGCAGGACGCCCUUGCGUGACGCUCUGCUCGGACUCUCGCCAGCAAGAGGCGACCUAGCGGCUGACACUGCUACCGACGCGACCCCACCCUACCUGAAGCGCAGUUUCUCAUUCAAAGAAAGACUCCUCUCCGCCUCAGGUUCUGGCUCCCGACCGCCCUCCUCGUCCUCGCAAAAGGGCAUCAUGAGCCCGAGCAAGACCAGGACCGGUCCACGAACGCUUCGGCACGUCCAAUUUGCCCCGAAACCUCUCAGCCAGAUGAUUACAGAAUUGGAGAGUCAGAAGAACGAGACACGCCAAGCUGAGAAUAACAAUGGCGAUGACGAGGACGAGGACGAUGAUCUUGAAGCUCUGCGAGAAAUGGAGGCCACAGAAAUCAAUGUCCUUGUCGACGAUAGUCAGCUCGGCGGCACGGUUCCUAGUAACGAUGCUGAUGCACAUCAGGAACCGACAAGAGUGUGGAAGAAGAAAGGACAGAAAAGGACGACGAGACGGGUGAUUAUGAGGCCGGUCAAAUGGAAACCUUCUACGUCGAAGGCCACGGCAGUGGACGCUGCGGAUGACAGUGAGGACGAGCUAGCUCUGGAUCACGCCCCGGCCGAAGAGCUCGAGGGAGAAGAGGAGGAUGUCUCGCGGGUGGAAGAGACGCAACUGAUCGAUGCACACGUCAAUGCUGGCAACGAGUUCGACGCCGAUUCUGACACAGAUUAUCUCAUCGCUGAGGCUGAGGCGGAGCAAGGCGGCGCAAGUCGAGGUGCCGCGCAUGCUCCAUUAGACGACGAUUUUGAGGAUGACGAUGAAUCCUCACCCGAACUCGCUGGACUUGAGCGUGCGCGGAAGACUGCCAGCAGCAAGUUCAAGUCGAAGCUGGGACCGUCGAAAGGGGCUCCAGACAAGGCCAAAGCCAAGAAGGACAAGUCAAAAGAUGCAGACGAAGACGGAUCAAAGACAAGAAUGAUCAACCCUAACGCACAUUCCCACAUGAACUUCAAGAGUUUGAAGAUCAAGAACAAGAACUCGAAAGCCAAAGGCCGCGGCAGGUUCGGCAGGGGCAGAAGAUGACCUCAACCCCUGUAUAAGCAGGGGCGAGUCAGAAUAUAGGCAAUGAGAAGAA